GUCACCAAUAGUCACCCUAUCACCGGUCCGUUCAUUAUCGUAACAUUUUAGUCUGUGUGUAUUUGCUUGCCCGUAUACACAUAUCUGCGCUAAGCUUUAUCGUUCGUAACUAACUACAGUUGAUUUAGGAUUAAGCAACUAUUGAGGGUUAACUAAUGCGCCAACGAACGUAGUCUACGGGGAAAACUUUCUGCUGUCGCCGAAACGGAAUUUUUUCGUUUUGUUGCACGGUCGCGCAGUACCAUUGGUAGUUGCAAAUGGCUGCCGAGUCUUUGCGAUAUCCGCAUCAUUUUCACUUGCGCAGACAACAUCACGACUGCUCGGUGAUGGCUAAUGAAUAAGCGACCAGCGAACUCGAAAAGGGCUUACCCUUCUCUCAGAUAGCGAGAGGGCUUUGGUUUGCCCUCGCCACUUGAAGAUCACCACGCCGUUAAAACCAACAUGUGAAAAGCUGGCUUAGGGUAAGAACUCUUUGUAUAAAAACGAAUAGUUCGAAUGGAGUGUCUGACCGUUAGGGAAUGGAAACAUUGUGUUGAGAGGAUGAAAGAGGAACAUGAAGUACAACGGCACCAAUACGAAGUCAGUGCCGACGGACACAAACGAGCCGAAUGGCAAAAUAGUGUUUUUCAGCUGGAUAAGGGAACAGAAGCUCUGGCCCAAAAACGCUUUGCUUAGUUUAUAAUGAUGGUCUUGAGCUAAUCAAUCGAAGAAAGUUUAUAUUUGAGGCCCGCUCUAACUUAUUGAUCGUGUUUGUGCAGAAAGAAGCCCGGACGUAUAAUGUGGAAAAGUAAUUCAACAAAUAACAGUGACUGUAAAAAUGCUGAUCAUUGUUAACCGUUUUAAAAGUGAUAAAAACAUAAUCUAACUUCGAAUAACUUCGCUAAUUUACGAGGUGAACGCGAAGUUUACAUUAACUCCUUGAACCAGCAUCGUUAUUGAUUGACUUGGUUAAGAAAAUGGGACGACAAUCAGAAGAUUCCUAGUUAUGCAAGAGAAUAACUUUGAAAUAUUUCGUUGCAUCGAGGUUUCCUCCGCGUAGCUUCAAAGUGUUUCGCUAUUUAUAUAUUGAUGUGACUGUAACAGUCGGACGACCGCGUCAAGUUUAUCCCAUUAUGCUCACAGCCAUGUACAACUGGCAAGCAAUAGUCGCUAGAACAUCAGCUAUACUGAUCGUGGCAAUACUGGUUUAAAAUAUCGCAGUCCAAAACUUCUUGACGUUUCGCCAUUUUGAUGACCAAUGGCGUUCAACAUUACUUAGGUUGACAUGAAAACCUACAACGAAACUACGAGAGUCCACAGCGUCAGCCAGUUGAUCCGUCAUAGUAGGUGUCCACAGAUGUGUAGAACUGCAAUGGCUCAAAUGGACAACGGCGAUAUCAUUAUGACGGGCGUUAACACAAGUGGCGUUGAUCCGUCUUGGCAGCUUCGUCCUAACUUCACAUUUUCAGACCCGUGCAAUAGCCAACAAGUGGACCAGUAUCUAGCCAUGACUCUCGGCCCUCGUCAAGUGGCGUGGAGUAAACUUCUUCCGAUGACCGUCAUCUAUUCGCUGAUCUUUGUCAGCGGCCUGGUAGGAAACCUUUCGACGUGCAUUGUGAUAGUACAGAAUCCACAUAUGCACACAGCCACCAAUUACUACCUCUUCAACCUAGCCGUCUCCGAUCUGCUCACGCUCGUUUUCGGUCUUCCGAAUGAUCUGGUGACCUACUGGCGUCAAUAUCCGUACGCGUUUGGCUCAACGUUCUGCUCAGUUCGCAAUCUUGUCGCCGAGAUGACAAGUAACACUUCGGUCUUGACCAUAGUGGCCUUCACUCUCGAAAGGUACCUGGCCAUUUGUCAUCCACUGUAUAAGCACAAAAUGUCGAAUCAACUACCACGGGUAUUGAAAAUCCUUACCAUUGUCUGGCUUAUUGCAUUCGUGUCUGCGUUGCCAUUUGCUGCCCGUAGUGGACUUCGAUAUGAGUUUGUAAAUGACAUCCAACUAGAUGACUCGGCAUUUUGUAUCGUGCAGGGAUCCGACAGCGUGAACAUAGCGCUUUUUGUCGGCUCCACCGUGACCUUCUUCAUUUUGCCAAUGAUCUUUAUUAUAAUAUUGUAUAUGAGAAUAGGUUUUAAGUUACGGCGAUCCACUUCGUACAAAAGCGCGUAUCAAGCAAGUCUUAAAGAGUCGUUAUCUUCGGGAGAAACAAUGAAACCUGGAACAACUACGAGUGAACCUGUAAGGAAAUUUUCGCUCAUUAAUGGCACUCGACAACAACAACAUCAUCUGUCAAGUUCGCGAAAAAUUAUUAAACUUCUCGUGUGUGUUGUAAUAAUAUUUUUCAUCUGUUACGCUCCUUACCACGGACAACGACUGAUGUACGCUUAUGGGACUCAUAUCGGAUGGACACAUAGGUUACGAGCGCUCAAUGAAGAACUCUUUUAUAUCGCUGGAUGCCUCUACUUUGUGAACUGUACCAUAAAUCCGAUUCUAUAUAACGUCAUCUCCAAGAAGUACCGCGCCGCUUUUAAGCAUACGUUGUGCCGUUGUUGUGGGCUACGCGCUACUUCCACCUAUUCCCAAGGAGAUCAUCGCCCCUCGUACUCUUCGCUCGGGAUGUCCAAUCAACAGCGGGCAUUGGAGCGUAAACGCUACUCUGAAGGCAACCUGGUAUCUGUCGGCUCGAUGAAGUUCGAUUUGGCCCUGCCAGUGCCUCUAACGCAUUCGGGCUCGGUAAUGGUUGGCGACCCGAUGGCCAGGGUACACGCAGUAGACGCUGGCCCGUUAGUCAGCCGCGCGAGUCUCAUCCAGAAAACAAACCACAUAGCUACAUGUUUGCCGAACGAUUCAUCAAUGGUCCCUCACGUACCGAUUCACCAUACGACAACAUGCAAUCCUUGUACUACGACGAGAACUUCACCGGUUGCCCUUAGGAGUCUCUUGAGACGUAAUCGCUCGGUGUCAAUGCGAUCUACAGUGACGUUUCUGGACACACCGUCAAUCAAAGGCUGUAUUCGUGAUCCAAGCAUCUGGUGCAUAGAAGAAGUCGGUUGCGAUGGCCGAAGUCAAGAGGUCGGCUGAGCUGUAGACCAGUUUACUCGCUACUUCACUGGAAUUUGCACGAUGGCGCGGCAGUCGGAGAUCUCUCUUUUCACGCUGUCUAAAAUCCGCCGAGCUCCAGCGGGCCUUGCCGGAUAAUGGGGCAGGCACACCUGAGGGAAGUAAAAAAAAGAACCAGUCAAGGAACGGGACACAGCGGACAUGUGUUCGAUGGUUGGUCGAUGGGUACAUGGCUAUCGCAAGCGUGUAAUUGAGCGGAAGGAGGAAAAAGCUAUUUUGAAGUAAUUUUUCAAAUGAAUCCUUUAUCCCAAAGGAAAUCCCAGAACCUCGCCCUCACAAAACAAGCUUGCCCAGGUCUUUUUAACCGCAGAAAUGGAAGUGCUGUUUGUUAAGGUUUUCGAACAUCUCAGCGUAUCAGAAUGAAAUAUCCCGAAAGACGUUCCGUGCAGUGGCAUGCUGUCAUGCAGUUAUGUAACACUAUCUAUGUUCUAAGCUCUUCAGCUUCGACCGAAAAUUGGCAGAAUGACAAGCCCACUGAUCAACGUGGCUUGAAACUUCUGAACGUGCACUUCUACCAAAUAAACAACUGAAAGAGAAAGACGAGUUCGAUAUUUAUCUUAACGAAUCAACUGAAGUGAAUAGUCGAAACUGUGAUGUUGAGGAUCUCGCGAGCUCUUAUAUAUAUAUAUAUAUAUAGAUAUGCGAAAUGAGCGAUCAAUAUCUUCAGGUGUGAUUUGAUAAAAAUUGAAUUUAUUAUGUACAUUUGUCGAUGUAUGAUAUCGCAAUGGAGCCAUUUUUCUUACCGCUGAUAGUACGCCACAUUUCUCAAGUCGAUGUUCUUGUCGUAAGACGCUCGUCUUGUGCUUAAAUCGAAACUUAGAAGCACAUACACAACAAGCUUCCAUGUGGCGAACAAACAUUCUAUCGUUCCGGAAUUAUCUGCUCGACUCGAAAAUUGACUGGGCGAUAUACAGCCUAAUACUAUAAAUAUUUUAAAUAAUAAAGAAAGUUAGUGAAUUUAUUGCCAUUCUAAUUAAGUAAAAUCAAAUAUAAACUGGGCAAAAUAUACAGAACCGGAAAGUAGUAUAGAGCAAGAGAUAUCGAACAGCAAAAAAAAAACGUGAUAAAUUCCUAUAGAAAUGGAUAUAUACACCGAAUGAAUGUACAUAUAUGUA